CAGCAUUGUUGUUCAGACACCUCCGAGUGUGUGUUUGUUUGUUGCUCCGUCUGCAAGCAUGGCCACAGACUUUUCCAAGAAUGCAGAGGAGAGGCCGGAGCCUCAAAAGGCAGAAAUAGUUGGGAACAUUCCCAGUUGGUUACAGGGCACACUGCUGCGAAAUGGCCCCGGCCUCUUCUCUGUGGGGGAAACCAGUUACCAGCACUGGUUUGAUGGGAUGGCAAUCAUCCACAGCUUUGCCUUCAAAGACGGUGAAGUGACCCACAGAAGCAGAUUCCUCCAGAGUGACACCUAUAAAGCGAACAUGGCUGCAAACAGGAUAGUUGUGUCGGAAAUGGGGACAAUGGCUUACCCAGACCCGAGCAAGAACUUCAUUUUCAAAGCGAUCACCUUUCUCAACCACACAGUGCCUGACUUCACUGACAACGGCGCGAGCAAUAUCAUCAAAUAUGGAAACGACUACUUUGCCACCUCUGAAACCAACUACAUUCGCAAGAUUGAUCCUGUAACGCUGGAGACUCUGGACAAGGUUGACUACUUGAAGUUCCUGCCUGUGAACUUGGCCACAUCCCAUCCACACUACGACAAGGAGGGCAAUGCCUACAACUUUGGAACGGCGAUAGCCGAGAGGGGAAAGACGAAAUACGCUCUGUUCAAAGUCCCUGCAGCUUCAGAGGAAGUGGGCGUAAGAAAGCCCGUUCUGAAGAGCGCGGAGGUGUUCUGCACAGUUCCCUGCCGCUCCCUGCUCACACCGAGCUACUACCACAGUUUUGGCAUGACGGACAACUACUUCAUCUUCAUCGAGCAGCCUUUCAAACUGGACAUCGCCCGGAUGGCCACUGCGUACAUGAGGAGAGUCAGCUGGGCCAGCUGUAUGAAGUUCUGCCCUGAGGAAAAUACUCUGAUCCACCUGAUAAACAGACAGACGCGCAAAGUCGUCGAGACAAAAUACUACACCGGACCAAUGGUCGUCUACCAUCACGUGAACGCUUUCGAAGAGGACGGUCACGUGAUCUUUGAUGUCAUCGCCUACAAUGACAACAGCCUUUACGACAUGUUCUACCUGAGCAAGCUGAAGGACAACGACGGCUUCCACGACGACAAGUAUUUCAAGCCAACCUACCGGAGAUUUGUGCUUCCCACCUACUCGGACAAGGAUGUUGCAAUUGGCGAGGACUUGGUGCAACUCAAGUACACCACAGCGAGCGCGGUGAAGGAGAAAGAUGGCAAACUCCUGUGCCAGGCAGAAGUUAUGUGUGAAGGUUUUGAACUACCCAGAAUUAAUUAUGACGUCAACGGCAAGAAAAUCCGCUUUGUCUAUGGGAACUGCGUGGCACAAUCUGCACUGGCAAACAAGAUUGGCAAGUUUGACACCGAAACCAAGAAAACUGUUUACUGGAAUGAAGACAACUGCUGGCCGUCAGAGCCGGUGUUCGUCCCCAGACCAAACGGAGAGUCAGAGGAUGAUGGUGUGGCUUUAGUAUCAGUCAUCAACUCCAACCCAGGCCAGUCGGAUUUCAUUCUGAUCCUCGACGGCCGAACAUUCAAGGAAGUAGCAAGAGCAAACGUCAACACCGAGCUCCACAAGGACGUGCACGGAUUCUUCAUUCCACAAGUAUAUUAAGUCACUUUGUAUAUACAGUAUGUGAUGAUGCCUGCAGAAAAGUGAUCCACUACAGUAUGACACACACACACACACACAGUUCUUUGAGUAUUGAAGAACACUGUGUUGUUUCGUGUAACGAGGAUCCACAAACUGCAGUUUAUCUCUGUAAAAUCACUUGGAUUGUAACUAAACAUUAUUUUUUAUAGCUGAUUUGUUGAAGCGUGUACAUAUAUGUGUUUUUAUGUAGUCAUGCCGUGACUGUUUGUGAGUUUGAAGUAAAUAAAUGUAACCAACCCCCGCAAGAUUUUA